GUAACAAUAAUAAUCAAAUGUACUAGUAAAUAAUAGAAUUAAUAGUAAUAAUGAGUUUUUAAAUAUAAGCAUGAUCUGAUCUGAUCUGACUAAACUAAACUGAACUUAUUUUUUCUAAUCUGAUCUAAUCUAAUUAGAUAUAAAAUAAGCAAAACUAAGAUGAACUGAAUAUAACCUAAAUGUACCUUCUUUUCUUUUCUCUUCUUUUCCUUUCCUUUCCAUUCCCUUCCCUUCCUUUACCAAAAAAAAAAAAAAAAAAAAAAAACAAAAUGUACUUGGUGCUUGAGUACCCUUAAAGAAGUUGAUGAACCCCAUAUCUCCUCUCUGUUCCCCCAAAUCACAAAAACCAAAACUGUCGAUGCUAUUCAGACGAUUAAUUCCAUCUUCUUUUGAAUUUCGGGGGAUGUAAAUUCCAUCUAUAGUUCAUCGAAUAUGUCGAAUUCCAGUACAAAUGCAGUUGGAAUAGCAAAAGACGAUUCUAAUUCAACAAAUUCGGCUCAACUUGUUAAUAAUGUGAAUCAUAUUCAUGAUAACAUCACUGGUAAUCCAAAAGCUCUGGCGGAAGGGAUUUCUACAAUGCUCGCUGAUGUAAUUAAAGGUUUUGAUUCCAAAGCGGAAGCUGCCUCGACAAGCCAACAUACGCUCUUCUCUGCUCUUGACCGUCUUACUGCUGAGCUUGAUCAGCUAUUGGAGGAUGCACCAUUGCCGUUUAUCAUGCAGCAUGCCACUAAACUUUCUAAUGUCAGAAGAAGAGUGGCAUCUUUAAACUCACUCUUAAAAUCUGUACAGCAUCGUCUUGAUAAUAUAGACCGCAUGAUGUCUAUUGGAUCAAUUGAUAAUAAAUCAAAUAAAGGGGGCUCCAAGUGAUUCCAACAUUUACGUAUUAAAGAUUGGUGUUGGACCUUAGCAUGAGCUGGUAGUUUUCUUCAUAGUGGGUUUCAUCCUUAUUGACAUUUGUGCAGUUGAUAAAGCAGGCAACAAGUUCUUUACCACGAGUACAUACAUUUAUUCAUUGAUCUGGAUCACGGAAAGACAUGAGCGCUAUGUAUAACGCGGACAUACUGAAGACAGUCCUUAGGAUGUUGAUUUAUUGCACACGACUCUAUUUCCUUGAUGAGCUCCAUUUGCCUUGUAUACGCAAAUGAUAAGCAGUUGGGUUCAUAAGCUCUUUAAGCGUGAUUUUUUGUUUUGAAGAAAUAGAGCAUGCAUACCAGAGACUUAGGGUUUGAUUUCGUUUUGGCUCAGGAUUUUUGUUUACAGGAUAUAUUCAUUGUAUUCUCCUGUCUCUCUGUCCUCAAAUAUAUCCUCCUUUCUUGUUUAAGGUGUAUACAUUAUAUCAGAAAUACAAAUUGAAACUUGUAAAUGUCAA